UCAAGGUGAAACUGCGCUGGCAAUACUGUCAAGUGAGAAAAGCCUUGGCGCUUCAAUCAGAAGAGUUGAGCAAUUUCCGUUCACGCGCUUCUCUAAGAGUGAAGCUGAUGUGUGGAGGACGGAAGCGCCAAGGACUGCGCACCGUCAAUCGAGCUAAAAUAACGCUAGAGGACCAGCACUGUGCAAAAGAAAGCUGUGUGAAAGUGAUGCGAAGGUGGUUAUGAAAAGGGGGAGGGUCUCGGCAAAGCAAUAUAGGCACUAUGGGUAACAGCCCAAUAGCCGAGAAAGGGAGGGUGGGUAACGGAAGAGGAGAAGAAAGAAUUGAAGAGCAAAUUGAGGUAGCGAAACAACUGGGGAACCAGGGAAAGCCACCGGCAAGGAAAAGCGAAGAAAAAGGAAAAGGAAAGGAAAGAAGCCGAGGAAAGCAAGAGAGGAAGAGGAGGAAGAGGAGAGAGAGAAAGGUCGAGGGGCUGGUGGUAGAGGGUGAAAUUUGCCAAGCGGCGCUAGUGGUUGUGCAGCUCUUCGAGCAGUCAGCGAAAGCAAAGGAAAGCACGGAAAAAGGUGAGAUGGCGGUCGUCCGGCGCCAAGCCGAAGACAGACAGCUUACGACCAGGAACGGUCUAGUGAGUGGGGACAAUCUGGAGUCGUGUCCGCGGGUAUUUACAGUUAAUAUUUUCCGGGCACCGGAAUCUCAGGUGAGUGUCAAUUGAAUGCAGGAGCAAAGUACAACAGGGUACAGGGAAGAUCAUCUCCCAUUAUUGAUAAGACUAGAUCCCGGUCGAGUCCAUACACGACCGAAUAUUUCUCUCUCUCUCUCUCUCUCUCUCUGGUACCCA